AUGUCUGCAAAGCACCCCCAGCGUCCACCUUUCAGGGCGGAGCACCUGGGAAGUCUGCUUCGACCCAAGGCGUUGCUUGAUGAGAAACACCUUGUAGAUCAGAAGAAAGGGGACCAGGCAAAGCUCGUAGCAAUUGAGGAUGAGUCCAUCAAUGCAAUUGUGAAAGAGCAGCUCGAUCUGGGAUACCAUGCUGUUUCUGAUGGAGAGUAUCGACGCCAUAUGUUCUGGGGCACAUUCUUCCCAGGUCUCGAAGGCUUCGAAGAAGUCACCGACUUUCCCGAUGAUAUAUUCCGCAUGUACGUCCCCGACAUUGCAGCAUUCACGGAAUCAGGUCACAAGCCCGGAGAGACGGUCCUCUGCACCGGCAAAAUCAAGCAUGUUGGUAGCACGUACGUCGACCAAUGGAACUACCUGAAGAAUCUCCUCCCAAAAGAGAAUCAACGGGAAGCGAAGCUCACCAUGGCUGCUCCAAAUUGGUAUCACUUGCGAUACAAGACUGGCCGAGCUUUCCCCAAGGAAGUCUACGCGACAAAUGCAGAGUAUUUCGCCGACAUUGCGAAGGCGUACCGUACUGAGCUCAAGAUUCUUUACGACAAUGGACUCCGCAAUGUGCAAAUCGAUGACCCAAACUUGGCUUACUUCUGCUCUGAGAAAAUGCUUGCGGGCUUUAAAGCCGACGGCGAGGACUCUGACGCUCUCUUCGACCUCUACAUAAAGCUCUACAACGACUGCCUUGCAGAGCGCCCCUCAGACAUGCAUGUAGGCGUGCAUCUCUGCCGCGGAAACUUCGUCGGCGGUCGACACUUCUCCGAGGGCGGGUACGACGCCAUCGCCACCAAGCUCUUCCGCAACCUCAACGUGGACACCCUUUACCUGGAAUACGACACUCCCCGCGCCGGAGGUUUCGAACCGCUCAAAGAGUUACCUAAGGGUAAAAAUGUGAUCUUAGGGUUGAUUACGAGUAAAUUUCCUAAGUUGGAGGAUAUCGGGGAGAUGAAGAAGAAGGUGGAGCAGGCUGCGAAGUUGAUCAGUGAGGGGACUGGGGAGAGCUAUGAGGAGGCGCUUGAUAGGUUGGGUGUUAGCCCGCAGUGUGGUUUUGCGAGCCACAGUGAUGGGAAUAAUGUCGGCCACGAUGAUAUGGUGGCGAAGUUGAAGCUGGUGAGGAAGCUUGCGGAUGAGAUUUGGCCGGGUCAGCCGUAG